UGGUUCUACUUCAAUAUCCUUGCGUACUCUACCGCUGCUGUCUUUGUUAGACUUUCGAUCUUAGUAACCCUCUUGCGAAUCGUCAGCUCGCCUGGUUAUAAGUACAGCAUAUAUGUCGCCAUGGCCACAAUCAUCGCUGUAGCAUUUCAGGGAAUCAUAUUCCUCCUUGCGCAGUGCAAACCCAUCAGCUGGUAUUGGGACAAGAGCACCGGUUCAGGAUCUUGCGUUCCUUCCGCAGCGAUUCGAGGAAACACCAUCGCCACCAAUUUCACAGCUGCUGUAACUGAUGUCUACUCUGCUGUCUUACCAAUGAUAUUACUAUGGAACGUCCAGAUGGAUUUGAGAUCGAAAAUUUUGGUCUGCAUAAUGCUAAGACUUGGAGCUUUCGCCGCGGUAGCUAUUGUGGUCCGACUCCCUGCAAUCGUUGAUCUGCAGGACCAUCAGGAUAGUCUUUAUUCAGUCAGCGUCUCAAUCCUCUGGGGUACUGCUGAAACUGGCUUUGGAAUCACUGCUGCAUCUCUAUCCACCCUCUGGCAACUUUUCCGUUCCUGGAUCGGCACUUCU